AUGGCCUACCACGGACAACUGCCACUGGUUCCCAGCGAGAAUGGCCUCAUUCAAGGCAUGCCAGCUGUUUACAUUCCCUACAAUGCACGAACGAAGCAUCGUUCAUACUCUCAACAGCAGGAAGGCCCGAUGCAGACCUUAGUCAUGGAACGAGUACAAGGAGAAGACAUAUGGGCACUAAUAAUUGGUAUCGACGAAUACGAGGACCCCGAAUUAUUUCGCCGUCUGAACGGUUGUCGAAAUGACUCCGUUGAUGUCUACAGGUUCCUGAGGGACACCCUCCACGUCCCGCAACGGAACAUCAAGAUGCUCCACGACAAGGUGGCGACUCGUUCGGAGAUACUGGAAAGCUUCGAAGAGAUCUUCAUCAAAAAUCAUAGGAUUACGCAGCGAAGUGUCGCGCUGUUCUACUUCGCGGGACACGGUGCUCGAGUCACAAUCCCACAGACCGCGCGAACAGGUGCGCAGAAACGCGGCACCGACUUCGUCGAGUCGAUAUGUCCGUACGACGAAGGGACAUACACAUUCAAGCUCACGCAAGGCGACGAUUUCCCGGUGUUUGGUAUUCCUCAACGUACGUUGCAGCGGCUGUUUGGAGAUUUAGAACAAGAGAAAAAAUGCAAUGUUGUUGUAGUGCUCGAUUCCUGUCACUCGGGUGGCGUAUUCCCCGACGAUCCAUGGCAGACGAGGAUCCCUUGGAGUAUAAGGACUCCUUUGGCUCCCUGGAAACCUGGGUGGAUACGGGCGGGCUCUUACUGGACCCAGGGCGGCUGGAUUGCCACCGGGUCCGUUCGUGUGUCGUACCCCGUCGCCCUCUACCCGCCUGUUGUCCCCGCCAACCUCGACGAGACCAUCGUCCGCAAAGCCGCGAAAGUCAGCGUCACUCAGCGGCAUUCGGAUCCCGACACCCAGCCCCGUACCAAGGGCGUCAGCCAGCACACGUACGUCGUCCUCGCCGCAUGCGGCAAGCACCAGCUGGCCCACGAAGUGGCGGACCGAGGGGGCACCCAGCGCGGGGCCUUCACCCUCGAGCUUGUUCGGGUGCUGCGCGAGCUGCAGCGGAAGGGGGAGAAGAAGAACUACCUUGCGAUCAUCUCAGCCCUGAAGCUCGGGACGUUGGGGGCGGUGCAACAGCCGGAGUGCAGAGGGUCUAAUAGCUUCAAGAGGUUCUUCAUGCAUUACAUGGUCAAUCGCGCGGAACCCCUGCAGCCUCAUGGUAACAUACACGGCACCGCUGCGGACGUUACGGCCUCGGGAGCAUGGGACACCGCGACAUUGCACGGAACAAUCACUGGCACACCUUGCCUGAUCGCAUCAGGAACUCCAAUGUGA